AUGGCAUAUGGUCAACUGGUGUGUCUUAUAAACAAAUGGAGCCUUGAGCUAGAGGAGCAAGAGAAGUACUUUCUUCAUCAGGCCACCCUGAUCAAUGCUUGGGACCGUAUAUUGAUGGAAAAUGGCGAAAAGAUUGCUACCUUACAUGGAAAAGUGGAAAAAGUGAAACUGGAUCAGAACAGAUUGGAAGAAGAAUUGGAUCUUCUCCUGGCCCAGCAGAAGGAACUAGAAGAUCUGCUGAUUCCUUUAGAGGAGUCUAUGAAGUACCAGAAUGAGCCUGUUUAUCUGCAGUAUGCAGAAGAGGAGCAUGAGAAGAUUUACAAAUUAGCGGAAAAUAUAGAUGCUCAGCUGAUACAAAUGGCCCAAGAUCUCAAGGAUAUUAUUGAUCAACUGAAUACAUUUGGAGGUCCUGCCAUCACUACUGACUCGGUGUGUUUACUGCUUUAUGUGUUUGGACAACCAAGAUUUAGUAUGAAAUUAGCAUUUGAUGGUUCCUUUAGCUAG